AUGACCCUUUGUUGGCUCGAUGUAUUCGAAGAUCCUAUCGUUGGCACUUCACAAACCGGUGACCACUUUUGGAACAAAGUUUUCGACAUGUAUGUCGAGGUUCAAAUCAAGCGUCGACCCGAUCAAAUCACGGGUAAAUGGCGUCUCAUCAAGGAGCAAGUCGGGAAAUUUAACACUAUUUACAAAAAGUAUGAUGAUGACCGACGUAGUGGCGAAAAUGACGCGCAAGUCAUGGAACAAGCUAGGCAAGCGUAUACUUUGGAAACGGGUGGGAAAUUUGCAAUGUAUGAAGCUUGGACCAUUUUAAAAGAUAGACUGAAGUUUUUAUCUUUUACCGGUGUCGAUGGCAUGGCGAUAAAGAAGAAAAUGAUCUCCCGCAUCAUCGAGUCUAGUGAUGAAGACCAACUGCCCAUCAAACUCGACGAAGAAGAGCCACUCGACACCAACCUCUUCGGCCCGGAUGCGAUUCCACGACACCCCCCCCCCAAAGUCGAAAAGAAAACGCCACAAACAUCGGGAUCGUCGGAUGCAACCUCAUCUCGUUCAAGUGCAUCCGAGUUGGUCGCGCGUCUCGAACAACUUGGAAGCUCCAAACAAGCUUUUAUUGACAAAAAAUCGGACGCCCUUGAUUCUAUUCACGAGGAAGAAAAAAAAACGUACCAUGUACGCGACAUUUUCAUUUGUGGGUUAAUCAAAUCCGAAUCCUCGACAACAAAAUUUUAUUGA